ACUCGGGGCAACAUUAGUGGGUAACGUGACUGAGGCAAGUGCCGACGGACCAACAGUUGAUGGAGGAUAAGCAUUGUGCUCGCAUUGUCAGGCGGGUUUAAUAAUUAUUACAAAAUCAACAGAUGAGUCCUUUAUCUGCUGGUCAUGGGAUUUCUAAAUGGGUCAUCGACUAAAAUCAUUAUUAGAGGCUGUUUCGAAGGGGCCGUAACUGGAGCUAAUUUCAUAAACAUUCCCCCUUUUUUUAUACAUUUGCUGCAAUUUGGAUUCAUGAAGAAGCAGAGAUGAGAGUCAUUCUGCAGUUGUCGGUCUACGCUUUCGUCACAGUGGUGGCUCUAGCGGGGGUGCCGGACCCGAACGUCUGCGUACCUCUCCCAUAUUUACCUGGAACCAUCAAUGGCAACAGUAACGGAGCUCCAUGCAGUCCAUGGUACAUGUACAAGAGUGUAAACACAACAGGUUGUAUCAGCACAAAGGACCAGCAGGGACCGUGGUGUGCCACUACGCAGGAUUACGACAAAGACAAGAAAUGGGGAAAUUGUGCAGGAACUACCGGCGGCAAUGGCAACGGAGCCCCUUGUGUAUUUCCCUUCAAGUUUCAAGAUGACAUGAUCAAUCAGUGUAUUUUCUCCGGACCUCCCCAGCCUGGAGCCUGGUGUUCCACCACCGCGGAUUUCGACAAGGAUCAGAAGUGGGGAUUGUGUCCUGAUGUGGGUCAGAACCUUCCAACCCUCCCUGAUAAGUUCCAAGCGAAAAUCAACUGGCAAAACACUUUGACUAAAUCUAGUUUGUACCUCGAGGAAUAUUACGAUAAAGUCAACGACUUUGCUUCCAUGACAACCAUGGGACUUUCAGCCACAGGAAAGAAAACCACAACUAUCACUAGUUUUAAAACAAAAGAAGUAUUUAAAGUCUACGAGGACGGAGAAAUGUGUGUAGUAUCUCCUCUGGACCCGACGAACGAUGUUGCCUUCCCUUUCAAGGUUUUGAAUGGAUCAGAUUUCAUAAUGAGUGCGGGGGAUUCUCUUAAAUUUGGCAAGGAUUACCAAGAGGUUUAUUUGGGAAAGGACACAGUGAAUGGUGUUGCCGUUAACCACUGGACAGCGUGCGUAUUCAGACCAGAGAUGGGGGAUGCAACUCUUAAUAUUGAAUACUACUGGUCAGACCCAGAUAGUUGGUCUACUGCGUCUGGCAUGUCAACGGUCCCCGUUCAAGCCGUCAUCACAGGGAAGCGAACAGAUGCGUUUGGGCAGCCAGCAACGGUUUCUCAAAUUUACGACUUUGCCUUUUUCUCCGAUGAACUGCCAGACGGUGCCAGUGAAAAGGUGUUCCAGACCCCAAGAGGUUAUGUAUGCGACGGCAGAAAAAACGAAAAGAAACUACCGAAAGUUCCAGACAGAUUUUCAUUUCGAUCAGAGCAAAUAUCUGAGAGUGCCGGCACUGUACAGAACAUUGAUGAAUGGUAUGAUUUUAACGCAAAACUUUUCCGCAUGGAUUUUAUACCCCAAGGUCAGCUUAUUUAUCAGGGCUUUGGCAAUCGACCACUGUCCACGGUGCACGAUUUCUAUACAGGCACAGCAUAUGUGAUGGAUCGUUACUAUGGCAACUGCACCGUAAUGCCCAUACCUGACGGUGGGGUGGACACAGUCAACAACGGCGCUGCGAACUAUACACAGAUUCGGGAUCCCAUGCAGUUCUUUGAUUUUUCCGGAGAGACUUAUUAUUAUGAAGGGACAGGGUCAGCUCGCCAUAUUGGAGCCGAUAUCUAUAGUAGUAGGAGAACAGACUGGGAUGGGAUCAUGUCAAUUUGGGAGUGGUAUUUUUCAAAGGAUGGUUGGACACUUGAGGAUGGCUUGAGACCUGAAUACAAUGAACCAAUUAGACUUGUGGUCAGGAUACCGGCGACAAUGCCUGGUGGGCAGGACGACGUCAGCGUACUGAAUAUUUUUAACUUCGAUGACUCCCCUAUGGAUUACAGCGCUUUUGACGUAAGCCUGUGUUACCGGGACUUGCCGCAGAGGACCUUUAGGUUCGUCAUUGUAGGCGAUAAAUCUUACGUAGAGGGUAACUGGUUUGCCUUUAAAUAUUUGGUUUUGAAUGCCAUAGAAGAUUUUACAGGUCUGCGACCAAUCAGAACUCAAGACGUAUCGGUAGAAAUAGACCCCAACUCGCAUUUGAUUUUCUUUACUUUCACCAUGCUUGAUGUAUCUCCACUGACGGGGAUACCAGGAGCAGAAUUUGUCCCGCAGACCCCAAACGAAGUGCCACUGAACGUGGCAGCCAGCAAGCUUAUCGCCACCAUCAACUCCAAUAAUAUGAGCAUCUUGAUGACGAAGGACGACUUCUCAACGACCACUAUGUUGCAAGCGAUGCCGGGGGAAAUCUACGAAUCGGUCAAGUUUGAUAAUGGAACCGUGGUUUUCAUAAAAGCAGGAUCAAGUACUCCUGUCACCCCUCCAUCUACCAAUAGCCCUCACAGUGGUCCUAGUAAGUAUAUCUUAUCACAAUAA